UUGUUCUCUAUCCAUGUUGAUUGUAACUUCCAUUGUUUGGUGUCUCCUCACAUUUCUUUAUCAUUGGUUUGUCAACAGAAAUACUGUCAACCUGUUGUGGUGACAUCAAGUGAUGAUGCUGUGGAAGAUAAUGCUGCUAUGGUUUGUAACUAUACAUCAGAUACAAUGUCAUCCAAGAGAAGUGGUAGACAAGGAGACCUGAAACAUUAUGAAGAAAUACCAGGAGUAUCAGAUCAAAAUAUAUAUAAAAACAAUGAUGCAUCUACAUCAAAAGAUUCCAGUGAAGAAACUCCAGUGAAACAUGUCUAAUUAUGAAUUAUCCCCAUUGUAAAUAUAAGAUAUAGAGUGUUCAGUACACACAUAAGCAUAAACAUAAGGGCAUGCACAUUGUUCAAUUAAUAUAGUGUUUAGCAAUAUACAUUAUCAGAGCUAAGAUAGUCUUAUACACAGCAGUCAUUUCACACUUUCCCUUUCCUUUUUUCUACAUGAAUAUGUGACAUGUGCAUCACCAGUCAAUAUUGAAGUUAACAUCUUAACAUGGUCUUUUGUUUCGGUUCUUCAACCAAUCAGAUUCUCACUUACAGGCAGCAAGAAAUUGCUGACAAAGAUAAGGAUUUGCAUUAUUGAUGUUAUUAAAUGAAACGAUUUUGUUACGUUAAACUAAAGACUAUUUAAAUAUAUAUUUAUAAAUAUGUAAAUAAUGAACAAACAUCUUAGAGGAUAAAUACACGCCGAAUAUUAUUUGAUGGAUAUAUUUCCUCAAGCAUACAACUUCCAUAACACACACGAACCUUAUCCUAGCAGCAGACUAUCUGCCUGACGUGCUACACUACUCCAUCAACAUACAGCCAUUGUCACACCAUUACAGCAGCACGUACAAUGGAUCUUUCUACAAUAAAUCUUUCUAUUCUCACUGAAUAACCAAUGAUAUAAUUAUUGAAGAGGUUCAGUCUCUGACACCCCUUGACAUAUUUAAACAAUACCAACAUACAACAGCAAUAUGUUAUUGUUGUUGUCUAUUGUAUUAUCAAUGGUCCACUGUGUCCUGACCAUAGACCUUACCUACCAUGUGGAAGAAGAGAGAAGUCCAGGAACAUAUGUAGCAGAUAUUGCUGCUGAUUCUAAACUUUUAGACAAUGUUAAACCAUCUGACCAACAUUUGAUAACAUUCAGUCAAUUCAAACGAAAGGUGGCACAGUUAUUUAAUAUCACCAAAACAGGUAAACUGUACACUGCUCAGACACUGGAUGCAGAAGAUCUCUGUACAUUCAACAAAGAAUGUUCUAGAACUGUGAAGGUUGUUGUCAAUAAAGGAACAAGUGUUUCGAAAAUAUUAAAAAUCAAAAUAGUAAUAGAAGACAUCAAUGACCAUGAACCUAAGUUUCCAAAAAAUACAGUGUAUAUAGAAUUUGGUGAAGAUGAUCGUAAAGGAUCAAAAAGAUCGUUACCAAAUGCCAUAGACAAAGAUGUAGGAUUUCAAAAUUCCUUAAUACAAUAUAAAUUAAAAUCAAAGAAUGGAGAACCAUUCUCUCUAUCGGUGUCUAAAAGAGCUGAUGGUAUUUCUUCUCUUAAAAUAGUUUUAAAAGAAUCAUUAGACAGAGAAAUCAAAGACACAUAUUUAUUACAAGUCAUAGCUAAGGAUGGAGGUUCACCAGCAAAACAAGGUGUUUUAAAUAUAAAUAUUUCUAUAACAGAUUUAAACGACAACCCACCAGAGUUUUCUAAACCUCUUUAUAAUGUAUCCAUACAAAGUACACAUCACAAAUCUAAACCCAUCAUUGUUUUGUCUGUGACUGAUGCUGAUUCUGGUGAAAAUGGUAAAAUUACUUUCCAUUUCAGUCCAAAGACAUCAGGUCUAGCCAAAAGCUAUUUUCAAUUAAAUGAAACAAGUGGGGAAAUUUUAUUAAGUAAAUAUACAAGUUUAGGAAAAAAGAAAGCAUAUGAACUCUUUGUUGAGGCUAGAGAUGGAGGCAGCCCUCCUCUCAUUUCUAUAGCAACUGUUUUGGUAAAUGUUAUCAACCAACACAAUAAUCCUCCAUCUAUUGAUAUUGAUUAUGUUUCUGCAAUCAAUGACAACACAGCUACCAUUUCUGAAGACAUCAAAGUCGGUAGUUUCAUUGCUUAUGUGAUGGUCACCGACAACGAUGUGGGACAAAAUGGAGAGGUUAGCUGUGAUAUCAAACAUGAUACAUUCAAACUACAGUCAAUGGGAUCUAAAGAAUAUAAAAUCAUUCUAAACAAACCAGUGGACAGAGAAACACAAGGACACUAUAACAUUCCUGUCUCGUGUCAAGAUAAAGGAUUACCUCCUCUGAAAAGUGUUAAAACCCUCAAAUACUGUCAACCUGUUGUGGUGACAUCAAGUGAUGAUGCUGUGGAAGAUAAUGCUGCUAUGGUUUGUAACUAUACAUCAGAUACAAUGUCAUCUAAGAGAAGUGGUAGACAAGGAGACCUGAAACAUUAUGAAGAAAUACCAGGAGUAUCAGACCUUACAUAUCAUGUGGAAGAAGAGAGAAGUCCAGGAACAUAUGUAGCAGACAUUGCUGCUGAUUCUAAACUUUUAGACAAUGUUAAACCAUCUGACCAACAUUUGAUAACAUUCAGUCAAUUCAAACGAAAGGUGGCACAGUUAUUUAAUAUCACCAAAACAGACAAUGUUAAACCAUCUGACCAACAUUUGAUAACAUUCAGUCAAUUCAAACGAAAAGUGGCACAGUUAUUUAAUAUCACCAAAACAGGUAAACUGUACACUGCUCAGACACUGGAUGCAGAAGAUCUCUGUACAUUCAACAAAGAAUGUUCUAGAACUGUGAAAGUUAUUAUAAAGAAAGUGGCAACAUUCACAAAAAUAUUAAAAGUCAAAAUAGUGAUAGAAGACAUCAAUGACCAUGAACCUGAGUUUCCUGAAAAACAAAUAAUUUUACAAUUUGGGGAAGGAGAUCGAGAAGAUACAAUGUCAUCUAAGAGAAGUGGUAGACAAGGAGACCUGAAACAUUAUGAAGAAAUACCAGGAGUAUCAGAUCAAAAUAUAUAUAAAAACAACGAUUCAUCUACAUCAAAAGAUUCUAAUGAAGAAACACCAGUAAAGCAUGUACCAACUAUCAACAUGUUAUUGUCAUUGUGUAUUGUGUUAUCAAUGGUCCACUGUGUCCUGACCAUAGACCUUACCUACCAUGUGGAAGAAGAGAGAAGUCCAGGAACAUAUGUAGCAGACAUUGCUGCUGAUUCUAAACUUUUAGACAAUGUUAAACCAUCUGACCAACAUUUGAUAACAUUCAGUCAAUUCAAACGAAAGGUGGCACAAUUAUUUAAUAUCACCAAAACAGGUAAACUGUACACUGCUCAGACAUUGGAUGCAGAAGAUCUCUGUACAUUCAAUAAAGAAUGUUCUAGAAUUGUCAAAGUUGUUGUCAAUAAAGGAACAAGUGUUACAAAAGUACUAAAAAUCAAAAUUGUAAUAGAAGACAUCAAUGACCAUGAACCUGAAUUUCCUAUAAAAGGAGUAAAUAUUGAGUUUGGUGAACAUGAUCGCAAAGGUUCAGACAGAUCAAUACCCAAUGCUAUGGACAAAGAUGUAGGAUUUCAAAAUUCCUUAAUACAAUAUAAAUUAAAAUCAAAGAAUGGAGAACCAUUCUCUCUGUCAGUGUCUAAAAGAGCUGAUGGUAUUUCUUCUCUUAAAAUAGUUUUGAAAGAAUCAUUAGACAGAGAAGUCAAAGACACAUAUUUAUUACAAGUCAUAGCUAAAGAUGGAGGUUCACCAGCAAAACAAGGUGUUUUGAAUAUAAAUAUUUCUAUAACAGAUUUAAACGACAACCCACCUGUAUUUUCUAAACCUUUAUAUAAUAUAUCCAUACAAAGUACACAUCACAAGUCUAAACCCAUCAUUGUUUUAUCUGUAAGUGAUGCUGAUUCUGGUGAAAAUGGUAAAAUUACUUUCAAAUACUGUCAACCUGUUGUGGUGACAUCAAGUGAUGAUGCUGUGGAAGAUAAUGCUGCUAUGGUUUGUAACUAUACAUCAGAUACAAUGUCAUCUAAGAGAAGUGGUAGACAAGGCGACUUGAAACAUUACGAAGAAAUACCAGGAGUAUCAGAUCAAAAUAUAUAUAAAAACAAUGAUACAUCAACAUCAAAAGAUUCCAGUGAAGAAACACCAGUGAAACAUGUAGUAACAACAAACAGCAGCAACAAAAUGUUAUUGUCAUUGUGUAUUGUAUUGUCAAUGGUCCACUGUGUCCUCACCAUAGACCUUACCUACCAUGUGGAAGAAGAGAGAAGUCCAGGAACAUAUGUAGCAGACAUUGGUGCUGAUUCUAAACUUUUAGACAAUGUUAAACAAUCUGACCAACAUUUGAUAACAUUCAGUCAAUUCAAACGAAAGGUGGCACAGUUAUUUAAUAUCACCAAAACAGGUAAACUGUACACUGCUCAGACACUGGAUGCAGAAGAUCUCUGUACAUUCAACAAAGAAUGUUCUAGAACGGUUAAAAUUAUUAUAAAGAAAUUGACAACAUUCACAAAAAUAUUAAAAGUCAAAAUAGUAAUAGAAGAUAUUAAUGACCAUGAACCGGAGUUUCCAGAAAAACAAAUCACUCUACAUUUUGGGGAAGGUGAUGGGAGAGGAAUGAAAAAGUCAAUUCCAAAUGCCAUAGACAAAGAUAUUAGUUACCAAAAUUCUUUCAUUGAAUACAAACUUAAAAAAUCUGAUGAUUCAUUUUCCCUGUCAGUUUCUAAAAGAGCUGAUGGUAUUUCAUCAUUAAACAUUGUUUUAAAAGAGAAAUUAGACAGAGAGAUAAAAGAUAAAUAUAAUUUAGAAGUUAUUGCUAAAGAUGGAGGUUCUCCAUCUAAACAGAGUGUGUUAAAUGUUGUGAUUGUUGUUGACGAUCAGAAUGAUAAUCCACCUGUAUUUUCAAAACCACUUUAUAAUAUUUCAAUUAGAACCACACAUGACAAAACCAAACCUAUUCUUACUUUGUCAGUAACAGACAAAGAUAUUGGAUCCAACAGUAAAAUUACUUUCCAUUUCAGCCCCAAAACUUCUGAUUUAGCAAAGAAAUAUUUCGAAUUGGAUGAAAAGACUGGCAAAGUAUUUUUAUCUAGAAUUUCUAGUUUAAAUGAAAAAACAUCUUUUGAAUUAUUCAUUGAAGCCAGAGACGGGGGUAGUCCUCCAAUCAGUUCUAUAGCGACUGUUCUGAUAAAUGUUAUCAACCAACACAACAAUCCUCCAGCCAUUGAUAUUGAUUAUGUUUCUGCAAUCAAUGACAACACAAAAUACUGUCAACCUGUUGUGGUGACAUCAAGUGAUGAUGCUGUGGAAGAUAAUGCUACUAUGGUUUGUAACUAUACAUCAGAUACAAUGUCAUCUAAGAGAAGUGGUAGACAAGGAGACUUGAAGCAUUAUGAAGAAAUACCAGGAGUAUCAGAUCAAAAUAUAUACAAAAACAAUGAUGCAUCUACAUCAAAAGACUGUAGUGAAGAAACACCUGUGAAACACGUGUUUAGUCUUCAUCAUAUGUGA